AUGACGCAAGAAGCAAAACUGUUAAGAUUCAUUACAAGACUGCCUCCAACCGUCAACCCGUAUAUCGCGACAGCCAACAAGCUGGAGGAGCUGAUACAUUCUCCCCAGAGUCCGCUAUGGUCACGCCGGUUGCGAGUUGUUGUCUGUGUGCUAUACUGCAUCAUUUUCGCCCAAGCUACGUACCUCUUGUACCAACGGUCUAAAAUUCACAAGUCCACGAAACUGAAGUACAAUCGAGUCGGACUAUUCAUCAUCAACAUCUCCGACACCUCAGCACUGGCUUAUUUCUUCUACGCGCCGUUGACACUAUACGUCGUCGCGGUGAACAUCGCGAUCGAUAGAGGGCACACGAUCGACGAAUCUGUAAUGAUCUGUGUCUUUGGUCACAAAUUUAUUACCGUUGUUCUCGGGUCUUGGGGUACGCGCGGCGCUGCCGUUUAUUACUUGGACUCACCUGAUCACUCGCUGACGCUCUUCACGCAGCUCUUUUGUGGGGAGAAGUUGAAAACCGCGAUCAAGUGGGGCGUGUCGAGUUUCUUUUUGAUAUGCGCAUUCGGACCAGUCCCUUUUCUAUCUUAUCUAUACAUCCGAGCCUACCGAGAACUGCACGAAAUCGAAACCAUUAUCCAUGGAGUCGCAUCAAGACUACGAGCGGAGAGUGGGACUUACGAUCCUGCCACUUUUAACGUCUUGAAAAUUUUGACCUUCCUGAUACCAGCAAGGAGAGCGUCGUAUCUCCAGCAUCGAUUUGAAAUAACUCUCACCACCUCCACUAGCAUCUAUUGCAUUAUCAUCCUUGUACUUAUUUCCAUCUACAUUCCCCUGCUCACGAUAUCGUUCAGAUCUUUGUACAAUCAAUCUGUCUCCCAAUCCAAGAUAGACGCGGUGAUGGGCUCGUCUGGGGGAUCCAAGCCCGGCGCAUCCAAGCCAGGGGGAUCCAAGCUGAAGCUGUCUCGGGUCGGUAGGAAAAUCCACCACGAGCGGCAGAGGUUGGUCUAUCACGCGCUUUGCGUGUUUUUCAGUACGGCGGUGCACUUCCCCCCGACAGUAUGGAAGGUUUUCAACAGCAAAGGCGACUUUCUGCACGAUGUUACGUUCAAAGAAGUAACUCAGCAAGGUUUGGCGGCACCAUUGGCGUUCUCUGGCAAUAUUAUACUUUUGCUCCUGAACAUCCAUUCCUAUCAAAUCCGUCGUGAUAGGAAGAUGAGAAUGGCACAGCAACAAGCAACGGUCGGUUCGAGCGAAGGAUCAGGCGCCCCGCCAAGAAGAACAGGCAUCAGGUCGCUAUUCCUCACUCAAUCCGAAGAUGAAGAGAUCUCGCUUCAACAUGUGGUCGAAUCUACGGAAGCUGGCAGUCAAAUGGCGGAAAAAUCUGAAAAGUAUCCUGGACCAUCAACGGUAACACCCGGUUACAUUAGCACCUCCCUAGCGGGAAUCAAAAUAAAACAAUGUACUUUCUCAACAACCACCUAA